AUGGCCUGGUACUCAUACGGACAGACUGUAUGUCGCUCGAACAACAGGUGGUAUCACGGGUCUCCGUGCAGACCCAGGCCAAGUCUCGAACCGCGAUUAGAAGACCACGGCAAAGUAAUUGUCGAUGAGUACUCAAUCAUACGUGAUACAUAUGCUGCACCGAAAUACCCUGUCGUUCUCGCCCAUGGCUUGCUCGGGUUUGAUGAACUGCGCCUUGCUGGCCCAUAUCUCCCCGGUGUUCAGUACUGGCGCGGAAUUAAAGAGGUAUUGGUAGCGCGAGGUAUUGAAGUUAUCACGGCGACAGUGCCCCCGUCGGGCUCUAUUGAGGCGCGGGCUGAACAAUUGGCUCGAAAUAUCGAGGCCGAGGCUAAAGGGAAAGAUGUUAAUAUCAUUGCGUAUGUCACCUUCAUUUGCUGA